ACAUCCUGGAGAGGUAUUUUGCGUCACACAGUGGACGUCCAUGAAUGGGGUCUUGGAGAUGGUGCAGCUGAGGCAAGGUGUUAUCAUGGAACCCUAGAAGAAACUGAGGAAACAAAAUGGCUUGAACCAGGUGGAGAUGCUCAUAAAGCACUGACUCGUGUAAUUCUGGACACAAAACUGCUUCAUUCUUUGCGACAUUAUGUCAACUUUAGACACACUGGUGAACUAGAAACAUUUCAUGAGGCAAUCCUUAUGUACUGUGCCAAGCGAUAUGCAUACACGUAAGCUUAUCUCUCUCUUAUAGUUUUUGUUGAUCAGGAAGAUUAAGAAUUUAUUACUUUACUAAAUAAUAAUAACAAAUUUUUAUGCAUUAUUACAUAUGCUAUUUCAUUUUGAAAGAACAUUCCGGGCUCCACUCCAUGAAUAAGAACACACCUUAGAUAUAUCUAAGUUCUAACAUGCUUAACAUUUUCGCUCAAAACCACGACAGGAAAUGGAAUAUUAUGCCUGAUACAGAGAAUGAUAAUUACGUCUCCCUGUAACUCUAAGUUGACUUGUGUUGAUCAAAUAGAACAUAGGAAAAUAUUGUGUCCGAUAAAUGUAUGUGUAUCUGCAAUGGUAUUUGUUCAAAUUGUAAAUUUGUCUGACUAGUGAUAAAGUCUGACUCUGAGAAGAAAUAUGCAGUUAAAAGACUAUUAAUGGAGGUUUUUCUGUGUCUAGAAUUGAAACCUAUUUUUUAUGAAUGUCUUUGUUCGAUUGAAAUGUACUAUGAAGUCAAUUUGCACAUUUUAAG